CUCAGCCGGGCCCUUAAAGCCUCCGCAGACCGACCGAGCCCGGGUCCGACCCGCCGGGGCCGCCAUGGGCUCCCUGGGGCGCUGCCUGGCCCGGAGCCUCCCGCGGGGGCAGCCGGGCCUGAGCCCCCCCGGACCCCGCUGCUACGGCUCCGCCCCCGCGGCGCUGCAGGAGAAGACGCUGCUGGUGGCCAAGCCGGACGCGGUGCAGCGGCGGCUGCUCGGGGACAUCAUCCAGCGCUUCGAGCGCCGCGGCUUCAAGCUGGUGGCCAUGAAGCUGCUCCAGGCGGACCGGAGGCUCGUGGAGCAGCACUACGAGCAGCUGCGGCUGAAGCCCUUCUACCCCGCGCUCGUCGCCUACAUGACCUCGGGGCCGGUGGUGGCCAUGGUGUGGGAGGGCUACGACGUGGUGCGGUGCACGCGGGCCAUGGUUGGGGACAGCAGCGCCGUGGGGACAAUCCGGGGGGACCUCAGCGUGCACAUCACCAGGAACGUGGUCCAUGCCAGCGACUCCGUGGAGACGGCGCAGCGGGAGAUCGGCUUCUGGUUCCAGCGGGACGAGCUGGUGGCGUGGGACAGCAGGGACAGGGACAACAUCUACGGGCCCUAGGGCCGGACCGCGGCCGGGCCAACCCCCCCAAUAAA